AUGACCGAGACGUCUCAAGGCAGUCAGCCCAUCCAGACCGAUCAGGGCGGGAUUCAGGAGGAUUCUAUAACCACCAAAGCCUUUGGCCCAAACACAGUAGCCCAUUCCUUGAAUAGAGGAAGAUACAGUAUGGAGAUGGAGGUAGACUGUGAGAAUGACCUUCCAUUCUUACAUCAGAAAUUGCACGCGAUAGCCAAGGCCCAGGAGAUACAAUACUUAGCAGUUUUCGAUUACUGGGUCAACGAGAAGAAAUCCGAGAUCGAUGCACAAGAUUCAUCCGGCAGAGCAGCACUCCACAUAGCUAUAGAGCUUCAUCUUACUCUAGAGGCAAAAAGUCUCGUCAGGGGUGGACCUGAUGUUACUAUACGCGACUUCGACGGGCGGCAACCUAUUUAUCUAGCGUGCAUCGGAAGACAAACCGAAAUGGCCCAUUUUCCUCUUACAAGAAUCAAAGAUGUCAACGCCUUAUGCAACAAAAAAGAAACUCUGCUCGCCUCUGCAUGUCAAAUGGGCCAGCUGGAUAUCGUUAAUUUCCUACUCGAAAACGGGGCUGACGCGAAUAUUUCUGAUGAUGGACUGACACCCCUACACUGGGCCUGUUCAGAUGACGAAGAAGAGAUAGUAGAGCGUCUUCUCCAAGAGGAUACUCUGAAUAUAAACGCCAUCGAUAAGAAGGAAACCUUGACCCCGCUCAAUUCAGCCGUGUUGUACGGCCAUGCCAAAAAUGUUUCUCUACUUCUGCAGAAGAAUGCAGAUCUCUACAUAAAGGAUUACAUGGAUUGGACUCCUUUAAUGACAGCCACGAGAGCAAAGAACUUGGAAAUUGUUAGGAUAAUACUGGGACAUAAAGUCGGAUGGAGAGACAGUUAUUUAGAAAUAGCCGAUGAUCGUUCCCUUACUCUUCUUCAUGUAGCCAGCAGGCAGGGAUCUUGUGAGAUUGCAUCUGAGCUGAUCCGCGCUGUCGCAGAAUGCGAUGCUAGAUCGCGAGCCGGUAAUGAUGCUGACUAUGAAGACUUUCCUGGAUACACACCAUUACACCAUGCCUGCUCCGAGGAUCAGCACGAAAUCGUUAGUCUUUUGUUACCAGAGAUCCCACUGCCGGGGGUCGAGGUUGAUGCCAAAGCACAAGAUCAGAGAACUCCUUUACACGUUGCAAGUCUGGGGGGUAAUGGGCCUAUCGUUGAAUUAUUGCUUCAAAGAAAAGCAGAUGUAAAUGCUAUGGACGAUAAAGGGUACACCAUGUACCCCAUUGCAUCUCGCUAG